AUGAGCAAAGCCCUUCCGAACAAGGUAAUGUCGAAUCGAAAAUUGGCAUCUCGCCAAGCUGGAUUUAGAAGGCGGACUGUCCUGGUCACUGGAGUCGGUAUGACCAAGGGAUUGGUGUUAGCACGACUCUUCUACGAGGAUGGUCAUGACAUUAUCGGAGCCGACUUUGAGCCCGACGGUUCGUUGGCCUGUGGGAGAGUAUCAACGUCUCUGAGGAGGUUCUAUCGUCUCCAAAAGCCCGAUCUGAAAUCCGGGUCCUCUCCGUAUAUCCAAACCCUGCUAGAUAUCGUGACCAAGGAGAAGAUCGAGCUCUGGGUCAGUUGCUCUGGGGUCUCCUCGGCGGUCGAGGACGGAACGGCGAAAGAAGUUGUCGAAGCAAGGACCAGGUGCAAGGCCAUUCAAUUCGGCGUCAAAACGACACAGACUCUGCACAAGAAGCAUUCAUUCAUACAACAUACCAGGACCAGGGGUCUUGUGGUUCCUGAAACGCACGAAAUCACAAGUCGUGUGGCUGUUGAGAGGAUCCUAAAUAGUGCACCACCUGGCCGAAAGUACGUCAUGAAGACGAUCGGGGUCGACGACUCAGCCCGCGGCGAUCUGACGCUGCUGCCCAAAGACUCCGACUGCGAAACGUCAGCGCACAUUGCACGGCUCCAGAUCUCGGCAGAGACGCCAUGGAUACUGCAGCAGUUCAUCGCAGGCAAAGAAUACUGCAUGCACUCACUGGUCGUGGGAGGCCGCGUGAAGGCGUUCGUGGCCUGUCCCUCCGCCGAAUUGCCCAUGCAUUACCAGGCGCUCCCUGCCCAGUCAGCCCUGAGUCAGGCGAUGCUGGCGUUCACCGAGACGUAUGCCACGAGCGGAGGGCCAGACUUUACAGGCCAUCUGUCUUUCGACUUCAUGGUGCAGGACGAGGAAGACCAGCCGUCGUCGUCGGAUCCCGGAAACAACAUCGUCCUUUAUCCCAUCGAAUGCAACCCGCGGGCGCACACUGGGGGUGGCGCUAUCACGCGGCCCGUGACGCACGACAAGUCGUUCUACUGGAUCGGACACGAUCUCAUCACUCUGGUCCUCCUUCCGACCUUGUCUUUCUUCACGCUAUCCGACGACGUGUCGAUCCCAGAUCUUUAUCAGGGCUACAUGGCCUUCUUCAACCACAUGCUGACAUGGAACGACGGUACGUACGCGCCCUGGGAUCCGCUGCCCUGGUGGUGGUUGUACCACGUCUACUGGCCGAUGCGGUUCUGGAGCUGCAUCAGCCAGGGCGGGAAAUGGAGCCGCCUGAACGUCAGCACAACCAAGAUGUUCGACUGCUGA